UCACUCACUCCUUCCCUUCUUCUAUAAAUAUCUCCUUUCUCCUUCCUUCUUCCCAGUUCAAACUUCACCAAUAAUCCAACUAAAUUCAUUUAUUUUCACAACCCAAAAAACCAAAAAAAAAAUUAUGGUUCUAUUUCUUAAACCUAAAUCUUGUACAAGAGUUACCGAUGAAAAACGGUGUUUAGAAGAUUGCAAGGAAUACAUUUACAAGGCCGAUAACGAUAAAAGUGGUGGUGCAUCAUCAACUACAUGUACGUUUUUAACUGUUUGGAGGAAGUCACUUUUGAUGAGUUGUAGUGGUUUUACCGUUAUUGAUUGUACUGGUAAUUUAAUUUACCGUGUUGAUAAUUACCGUGGGAGACCUGGUGAGAUUGUUCUUAUGGAUGCUUCUGGAACAUCUAUUUUCACUACCCGUCGUCAUAAGACGAUACGACUAGUGGACGAUUGGCUAGUAUACAAGGGUGAUGCAAGUGAUCAUCACAAUACCAAAACAUUCCAAAAAAAGCAGCCUAUUUGUUACGUGAGGAAGAAUGUUAGCUUACUACUAGCAAAUUCCAAUGUACUUGCGCAUGUUUUCCUAGGGGCAACAACUAAUAAUCCUAUAUAUGUAAUAGAAGGCUCUUACGCGCAAAGAUCGUGUAAGAUGAUCGACAAAUCCUCGAAAAAAGUUGUAGCGGAGAUCAAGAGGAAGGAGGCAGCGAAUGGACAUGCAUCCUUUGGUCUCGAGGUUUUUCACUUGGUUGUAUAUCCGGGAUUCAAUCCUGGGUUCGCGAUGACCUUGGUUUUGUUGCUGGAUCAGAUGUUUAGUUAAGAAAAAACAAAUGUUUCUUUUCUAAUUGUUGUUCUUGAGUGCCCCUCUGGUUUUUCCUGCCAAGACGAGGGCUGAUUCCCCUGUUGUCUUAACAAAGUGGGAUUGUAAAACUAAUCAAUCGCUAACCUGUUUAACUGACCGCGAUAGCUGAAGCUUCUUCGGCUAAGUAAAAUACAUGGAAAGUUGCUUUUUUACUUGCAUAUGAAA